ACUUUGCAUUUGAUCACGAGAUGUUUUGACCACGUAGAGAAGAUGUCACUGCUGAUGAUGAUCCACAGACAAUACCUUUGACCUCUGACCUUUUUGACCCUUGCUUUCACAUUAAACUGUCAACCAUGUGCCUCCUCUUUGUGUAUGUGUGUGACACAGCUGCUGAUGAUGACUAUCGUCUAAUUAUUGCUGAUAAUCGAGAUGAGUUUUGGGACAGACCAACAAAUCUGGCAGAAUUCUGGGGGCCCCAAGGCGAAAUAAUCAGUGGUGUUGAUAUGGAACCAGGAAGGGAAGGGGGCACUUGGAUGGCCGUAUCAAAAGUUGGGAAAGUAGGAGUACUUCUCAACAUCUUGGGUAACCUGGAUAAAACCAAAUCUGGUAGAGGUUCACUGAUCAUUGAUUACUUGAAAGGAGACCUAACUGAUGACCAGUAUAUAACACAGAAGAUCAUGCCAAUCCACCAGGAGUUCAACCAAUUCAACUUAAUUCUUGCAGACAUCAGACCAAAUACAACACGUCUUAGCUACUACAACAACAAAACAAACACAUUAAGGAAUCUUCCCAAUGGAGUGUAUAGCUGUGAUAAUUCAACCAUGGAUGAGCCAUGGCAAAAGUCUGUCCAUGGCCAGGCCGCCUUCACCAAGGUCGUCAAAAACCACGGCAGGAAAACAGACAAGGACACGUUGGUCAAGUCUCUCCUGGACAUCCUGUGUGACUCAACUAGGUUUCCAGAUGAUAAACAAUUACUGAAACAAGCUAUUAUAAGUUAUACUCCAGAUGAUAUCCGCCUGGAGAGGAGUGCAGCAUUUGUUUGGUCCCCAUCCAUCAGAUAUGGCACAAGAACCAACACAAUAUUACUUGUAGACAAAUUUGGAGAAUGUGAGUACAUCGAGCGGACAUUUAAAAUCCCUGUGGACCCAGAAAACCCUGACUGCCAAACAAAGUCCUACAAGUUUCAAGUGAUGCCUCAGAACAAACUGUGA